CUGUGUGUGUCUCUGUGUGUGUGUGUGUGUGUGUGUGUGUGUGUGUGUGUGUGUGUGUGUGUGUAGGUGUUGAGGCAGAUGAGGAAGCUGCCGUGGCAUGAUGCUGAUGAGAAGAGUUAUCUGAUCUGCUGUUUGAUCAACAUCUGGAACGUCAAGUACAACAGCAUCCACUGCGUGGCCAACCUGCUGGCUGGACUGGUGUCGUAUCAGGAGGACGUGGGCAUUCAUGUGGUGGACGGCCUGCUGGAGGACAUCCGCCUCGGCAUGGAGGUGAACCAGCCCAAGUUUAACCAGCGGCGGAUCAGCAGCGCUAAGUUUCUGGGCGAGCUGUAUAACUACCGUAUGGUGGAGUCUGCCGUCGUCUUCCGCACGCUUUUCUCCUUCAUCUCGUUCGGCGUGAACACAGACGGUUCUCCGAGCCCGCUGGACCCCCCCGAGCACCUGUUCCGCAUCCGCUUGGUCUGCACCCUGCUGGACACCUGCGGACAGUACUUCGACCGCGGCUCCAGCAAGAAGAAGCUCGACUGCUUCCUCGUUUACUUCCAGAGGUACGUCUGGUGGAAGAAGAGUCUGGACGUGUGGACUAAAGAUCAGCCGUUCCCCAUCGACAUCGAGUACAUGAUCACAGACACACUGGAGCUGCUGCGGCCCAAAAUGAAGCUGUGCUCGUCUCUGGAUGAGGCCUGUGCUCAGGUCACACAGCUGGAGAGAGAGUUCCUCGUCAAACUGGGUCUGGAGAAAGACGGCCGCUCCUCCAGUUCCAUGGGCGAGAACGAGUCUCUGGAGGAGGAGGAUGAUGAUGACGAAGACGAGCGAGGAGCGGAGACCGAGGAGCAGUCUGGGAACGAGAGCGAGAUGAAUGAACCUGAGGAGGAGGACGGCUCUGAAAACGAGGAAGAGGAGCGUGAGGAGGAAGAGGAGAACACAGACUAUCUGACCGACUCCAACAAAGAGAACGAGACGGAUGAAGAGAAUAAUGAGGUCACGAUCCGCGGCGGAGGACUCAAACACGUGGCCUGUGCCGAGGACGAGGACUUCAUCCAGGCGCUGGACAAGAUGAUGCUGGAGAACCUGCAGCAGCGCAGUGGAGAGGCAGUGAAGGUCCAUCAGCUGGACGUGGCCAUCCCUCUGCAGUUAAAGAGCCAGCUGAAGAAAAGCUCCGCCCCUUCCUGCACCGCAGACACAGACGCAGACAUCAGCAACACCAUGCAGUUCGUCAUGCUCACACGCAAGGGCAACAAACAGCAGUUUAAGAUCCUGAAUGUGCCCCUGUCGUCUCAUCUGGCGGCCAAUCACUUCAGCCAGCAGCAGGCGGAGCAGGAGGAGCGCAUGCGCAUGAAGAAGCUGACGCUGGACAUCAACGAGCGGCAGGAGCAGGAGGACUAUCAGGAGAUGAUGCAGUCGCUCGCUCAGAGACCUGCUCCAGCAAACACCAACAGAGAGCGCCGGCCUCGAUACCAGCACCCCAAAGGAGCACCCAACGCUGACCUCAUCUUCAAGACCGGCGGCAGGUCAGACGCACACUC